AUGGCUCAACACACUGACAUAGCGCGCUCUGCGAUCAUGAGUUGUGCUUCAUCUCCUGACCUGUCGCGCCACACUCACCAUAAUAUUAAUAAUACCAGAGCAAAACCCAACGGGGUCACAUCCAACGGGAUCUAUGGCAACUAUAAGCCGGGACCCGGGAAAGACGCGUCUCUUAUGCCUCCUCCGAGGUCUGUUGCCGGUCGAGCGCUAGGGAACGACCUGCAUUCCGAUGUCCACAGGGGAUCGCAGGCAUCCAAGGACGGUGUCGGGUUCGCCCUAACAGACACUCCGGUUUCUACCGCUCCCUCGUCUCCACAAUUUGUCGCUACUCCAUCUCAGGCUUCAACUCCAGGUCGUGUUCGUGCCACAACUCUUGACAUCCCAGGUCUGACCAAGUCCAAGGUCUCUCCCGAUGGCAAGAUCGCUCAGGGCGACCUCGGCUCGAAGCUGGUCAUUGUCAUGGUCGGUCUGCCGGCCCGUGGCAAGAGUUAUGUCACCAAAAAGUUAGCCCGUUACUUGAACUGGCUGCAGCACGAUACAGAAAUCUUCAACGUUGGAGAGCGUCGUCGCGUUGCUGCAGGCAAGUCCCCUUCUCCCGCUGGACGUCCCGGUCAUCGAAAUAGCUCCGUCCAUAAUGAGCUCAUUGAUUCGGUACGACGCCUCAGCGUCAGCGUCGGUGCCAUGAGUACUGGCAAUAAUGAUGUCUCCCCCCCGAACCCUGCGACCAUCUCUCCUCCGGAGCUCGAUCACGGACUGCCACCUCCGAUCAUCCCCGCCAAGAUUCUCGUCAACGGUCAAGAAGAGGCGGUGCCUUCGUUGCAGGACGGGAACACCAUUGUUCCGUCCAUCAGGGCCGGACCUCUGGAAAUCCGCGAAGCAUCCCCAGAGCCUAUCGAUCAGUCUGCAAGUUUCUUCGAUCCUCAAAACCAGAUGGCCGUGAAGCUCAGAGAGCAGGUCGCCCUGGAUACUCUCGACGAACUGCUCGACUACAUCCUCGACCAGGGUGGCAGUGUGGGCAUCCUGGAUGCGACCAACAGCACACUCGAACGCCGCAAAGCUGUUGUGGAACACAUCCGUAAUCGUGCUGGACCGGAGCUCGGUGUAUUGUUCCUCGAGAGCAGCUGUGUGGACCCUGUGCUGCUGGAAGCCAACAUGCGCCUGAAGCUCUCUGGUCCUGACUACAAAGACCAGGAUCCGGUCAAGUCUUUGGAGGAUUUCAAAAAGCGGGUGGCUCUGUACGAACAGUCUUAUGUUCCCCUCGGGGAUUAUGAAGAAUCCAAUAACAUGCCGUACAUUCGCAUGGUGGAUGUCGGGCGCAAGAUUGUGUCGCAUCAAACCCACGGCUUCCUCUCCUCGCAGGUCGUGUAUUACCUGCUCAACUUUAACCUCUCUCCCCGUCAGAUCUGGAUCACCCGACACGGCGAGAGUCAGGACAAUCAACUUGGGCGCAUUGGCGGCGACUCCAAGCUGAGCGAAAACGGCCAUCGAUAUGCCAAGGCGCUGACGCGGUUUAUUGAUCACCAGCGAACCCAGUGGGAGUUGUACCAACGACAAAAGGACAUGCUUGUGCAGCUCCCUCCGCGUGCCGGUGACAGCACUCCUCCUAAUCCAUCGUACAUUCCUCGCGAUCGACCUCGCAAUUUCUGCGUGUGGUGCUCGAUGAUGCAGCGCACGGUGCAGACAGUCGAUUACUUCAAUGAGGACGAGUAUGACGUGAAGCAGAUGAAGAUGCUUGACGAGCUAUAUGCGGGCAAGAUGGAGGGAAUGACUUACGACGAGAUCCGCCAGAGGUUUCCCGACGAGUAUGCGACCCGCAAGAAGAACAAGCUGUACUAUCGGUACCCUGGGCCCGGUGGCGAGGGAUACCUGGACGUGAUCAACCGGCUCCGUGCCGUGAUUAUCGAGGUGGAGCGAAUGACGGACCAUGUACUGCUGGUGACGCACCGCUCGGUGGCACGCGUUCUUCUGGCUUACUUCCGUGGGCUGAAGCGGGACGAAGUUGCCGACCUGGACGUGCCUUUGGGCAUGUUGUACAUGUUGGAGCCCAAGCCUUAUGGAGUGGAGUUCAAGGCGUAUCGUUACAACCCGACGACCGACUGGUUCGACUACAUUCCGGAUUUCGAGCUCCGCCAGGCUACCACGCACCAUUAG